CUGAUUUCUUUAAUUUUUGUACAGACGUCUAGAAACCGCGCACAAUGGCUUACGUCGGUAAAGUUUACACGUUCGACAGGCACGAGAACUUCGACAAGUACCUUAAGCACAUGGGUGUCACUGAUGAGGUGAUUCAACAAUACGUCCAGCUUAAGGGCACCGCCGAGUUAAGGAAGGAGGGAAACAAGUACAGAUACAUCACUUCCUCCGUCCAUGGCAACAACGAAGUCGUGUUCGAGUCUGGCGUAGAGGUCGACGAUGUAGGCCUGGGUGGUGUUCCGAUCAAGUCCACGUACACAGUCGACGGUAACACAAUGACACAGGUUGUCAACAGCAGCAUGGGAUCUGGCACCGUAAUAAGAGAAUUCAGCGACGACCUCGUCAAAAUGUCCGUCACCAGUUCAGGAUGGGACGGCGUCGCAGUCAGAUACUACAAGGCUUAAUUGUUAUUUAAUUUAGUGAUUGUUGUGUAAAAUAUAUAUUUUUAUAGUUAUUUUAAAA